AUAGCGACUAUAAAUAGGUAUUCGAGCACAGGGAAAGGUAUCAGUUGUUUAUUUCCUUUUGUAGAGCAACAUGAAAUUCUUAGUAGUUUUUGCUUUAGCUUUGGCCACAGCCUCAGCCUUCGAUUUGCGCAGCGAUAUUAUCCAACCCCGCAACGUUGUUGUACCUGUGGUAGAGCCAGAGGGUCGCAUUUCCAAUGGUCAUAAUGCUGCUGUAGGUCAAUUCCCCUAUCAAGUUGGUUUGUCCUUGAAACUUGGCGCUCUCUCCUCCUCCUGGUGUGGUGGUUCCUUGAUCGGCAACCAAUGGGUAUUGACUGCUGCUCACUGUACCGAUGGUGUUAAAUCUGUGACCGUCUAUUUGGGUGCCACCGUACGUACCCAGGCUCAAGUUAAAUACACCGUUAAUCCUAGCGAUGUCAUCAUCCACUCUGGUUGGAACAGCAAAACUUUGAAGAACGAUAUUUCCUUGAUCAAGAUCCCCUCCACCGCUUACACCGCUUUGAUUCAACCCGUUCAAUUGCCCGCUCUUGCUAGCUCUUAUUCCACUUACGCCGGUGAUAAGGUUAUUGCUUCCGGUUGGGGUCUUAUGGGUGAUUCUGCUACCUCUGUUGCCACCGAUUUGCAAUGGGGUGUCAUGGAAGUCAUCACCAAUUCUGUUUGUGCCAAAACUUAUGGCCGUACCGUUACCACCUCCAACAUUUGCGUUUCUACUCCCAAUGCUGUUUCCACCUGCCAAGGUGAUUCCGGCGGCCCAUUGGUUUUGGAAACCACUAAGGUUCAAGUUGGUUUGACUUCUUUCGGUGCUGCUGCUGGUUGCUCUAAGGGUUACCCAGUUGCCUUCACCCGUGUCACCAGCUACUUGGAAUGGAUUAAGGAACACACUGGUAUUGCUCACUAAAUUAAAAUUAUUUUCUAAUUUUCAAAGCAAACAAAACUUAAAGUAAAUAAACUAUUCUAACGAAUUUAUCAUAAAUAGUUACAAA